CUUUUUAGUGAAGAAUUGGUGCAGUCGACCGGCGCUUAAACUCUGACUGCACUCUUUUGUUUUCGGGAUGAAAUUUCUCAUGCCGUCACCUGAAGAAGAAUUUCCCGAACAGAAAGUCGCAGUCGGGCUUGUAUGUUUUACGUGCACUGAUCUAGCCCGAGGCUGAGUUUUGAUGCUCGACAUCAAGCCCAUCUCUUCUGGCCAGAGUCGCUUCAUCCAAGAGGUCUGGACUGUUUCUAAUUCAGUUCAUUCUUAAGUGUGAGGUUACGAAAAUAACUUCAAUUACUUUUUUAUGAACACGUUGUUUAAAUAUCUCAUGUGGCUGCACAGCGUCGAUUUACCUGGCACGACAUAUCUGUGAAGGCAGAGUAAACAGAUUACCAAAGGCACCCAGUCUGUUUAAUUCAAGGACGAUCGCCAGUUGGCGCGGCGGAGAGAAGAUGAAGGUAAUCGUGCGGGUGAUGUGUUGUUUGAUGGCUUGCGUGCUGUCAGUGCGGGGCGGCGGGAGCGACACCCACGCGCUGCCCCGGGACUCGUGCGCGUCAUGCGGCCUCGGUCGUGCGGACGUUCCGGACGCGAUGGACACAGACUUUGUAGAGGCGGUGAAGAGGCACAUACUGAGCAGAUUGCAGAUGAAGCAGAGACCUAACAUCACGCACCCGAUCCCGAAGGCGGCCAUGGUCACUGCGCUGAGGAAGCUACACGCCGGAAAAGUGAGGGAGGACGGGAGGUUCGAGAUUCCCAGCUUAGAUGGACAAGCCGCUUACAGCAACGAGGCGCAGGAGGAAACAUCAGAGAUCAUCAGCUUCGCCGAGUCAGAUGACCUGACUUCAGUGAAAUCCAGCCUUUAUUUUGUGAUCUCCAAUGAGGGAAAUCAGAACCUGUAUGUGCAGCAGGCUAAUCUAUGGCUGUACUUUAAACUUCUGCCUGGAGGUCUGGAAAAAGGUGUGCGUCGAAAGUUGACAGUGAGGGUGCACUACCAGGAGCCUGGUGCUCAGGAAAGGUGGGUUGAGAAGCGCCUGGAGCUGAAGCGGAGUGGCUGGCACACAUUCCCACUGUCAGAGGCAGUCAGAGUGGCAUUAGGGAAAGGUGGCAGACGGCAGGACUUGGAUGUGCACUGUGAUGGCUGUGAGGUAGCCAGUGUGGUUCCUGUACUGGUGGACAUGGGUGAUCCCUCUCACCGGCCUUUUCUGGUGGUGCGGGCUCGCCAGACAGAAGGGAAGCAUCGUAUUCACAAGCGUGGCCUGGAGUGCGAUGGAAAUCAUGGUGGUCUAUGUUGCCGGCAGCAAUUCUACAUUGACUUUAGACUUAUAGGAUGGAAUGACUGGAUCAUUGCACCUGCUGGCUACUUUGGCAAUUAUUGCGAGGGGAGCUGCCCUGCUUACAUGGCAGGCGUGCCAGGCUCAGCCUCCUCAUUUCACACAGCUGUGGUCAAUCAGUACCGCAUGCGAGGUAUAAGCCCAGGAUCGGUGAACUCCUGCUGCAUCCCUACCAAACUCAGUACCAUGUCCAUGCUCUACUUUGACGAUGAGUACAACAUUGUCAAGCGGGAUGUUCCUAACAUGAUUGUGGAGGAAUGCGGUUGUGCCUGAGGCUGGUAAGAGAAUUGUAGACUUUGAAUGUAAUCAAAGGACAUUACAGCGGUGGUGACAUAUUUAUGGACCUGUACCACAGGCAUAUAAAUACAUGUUAUAAUAUAUACACAAAUGCACAAUCACACUCUAGUGUGUGUUCAUGGAGCAGUGGUUCAGGAGUGAUUCUGUUACAAACUACAAAUACAAAGGUGUGACAAGGGAACAGAAAUCACCAAACUGUGUGCUUCUUAUAGUUAAAAUACAUUGCCCUUUUGACUCCAACAGGACAUAACAUGACAUUUACCUACGACAAGCUGGUAUUGCCCACUGCUUUGAGUACUUAGGAAGAACCCUUCCAAGACUAGUGAAGGCACAAACAAUACAUCGUCCUUUACACUUCAGAACAUCAGCACUUCAAAGACACUGACAAAUCACUCUUUAGAGGUGGGGUUUUCAACAAGUAUUUGUAAUAUUACCUUGUAUGUUCCUCAAGGCAUUCCCUCCACCAUAGCUGAACUUUUCUCAUUGUUCCAUAUCAAACGGGUAGGCUAAAUGAAACUGCUGGUGAUCUCUUGGACAAUACUGUAACAAAGUGGCUUUCCCGCACCCUGUGCAUGGAUGGUCCAUGUGGCAGACUGCUGAACCAAGACAUGAGGUCCAACAGGUGAAGUGUGAUGUUAUAGCUCUUUGGCUGUGAACUUCAAUGGCUCAUAAAUGCUGUCAGCACCAUGUGCUCUGUGGAGGCAUUAUUACUGACCAGCUGGCAGUAUAGCACUUGCAGAAAUGCUCUAAAUGCACAAUUUAAGCACUUGCCUAUUGAAAUGCCUUCAAAAGGAUUGUCAAGAGGUGCACCUACCCCAUUUUUCACACACUCCUAGUCAUAUAAAGUGCCGCAUAACCUAUGCAAUGUAUAGUAAUCCUGGUCCAGACCAAGUGUUCUGUUCUGCUAAUCUUUAACUCUUUAUCAAAUACUUGAAAUGUGAUCUUUCGCUUUCUUUCCAAAGCGGAUGAUUCUUCAUAUGUUUGCACUGAAAUGUUGCAGAAAUAACUAAAAGACAAAACAACAACAACAACAACAACAAUAAAUUGCUAUGGAAAAGAUAUUUUUAUAAUAGUCAAAUGAAUUUUUGUGAACAUUUGUGUGUAUCGUAUAAUGGAACCAAAGAGGCCAACAUGUUAGUUAUUAUAUACAGUGGCAAGGCUAUUACAGUAUUUGUACAAUAUUUGUUUAUCUUUUUUAAGAAGCCUAAUCACUGUGUCAGUGUAAAAUAUCACAGAUUUCAUUUCAGCUCUUGAUACGAUUUUUUUGUACAGUAAAUCUUUCAUAUUUAAUUCUCUCAUUUUCUAUGUAAUGAAACUUAUUUUUAGAUGUUGGUACAGAGUCAACCAGUAAAACCCAUUCUUUCUGUAC